AGAAUAUUUUAUUUAUUAUAUUUAAUUGACAUAUCUGUUUAAUAAUUUGUUUAUUUUUUUUCAAAUUCUUAUAAAAAUAUAAAAUCGAAUUAAUUUCAUAUUAAUUGAUAUAUUUUAAACGUUAUAAUAUUAAUGAUAUCUAAAAAAAACUUAAUUUUUUCACAAUGAGAAUAUAAAAUAUAGAAUACAAAAUUUUAUAAGAUUUUAUAAGAUAACUAUAGAAUAUCUUUAUUUAUAGUUCUAUCUUUAUCUAUAGUUCUCUAUGGCAUAUAUAGUAAAUAGUAUAAAAGUACAUGUUUAAUUAAUAUUUACGUAUCAAUUUAUAUCUAUUCAAGUUAUUAGAAUUGAUAAUAAAUUCAUAUAUUGAUAUUUUUUCAUAUUAUUCAUAUUUAAUAAUAAUAUUUAAUAAUAAUUGUGAUUUAUGAAAUAUAAAUAUUGAAUAGGAUCAUUUUUUUUCUUAUUAAUAUAGUACAAAAAUAUUUUUUGUAAACAAUUACAAAAGUAUUUUAUUUAUUUAUAUUUACAUCAUAUAUAAAAUAUUUUUUCACAGCAUUUAUUACUUAUAAUUCUUUUUUAAGGCUACAAACAUUCGUAAAUAUUAUUGUUUAUAUGUAUGGUAUAAAUAAUUAUAUACAUUUAAUAUGAAUAGUUCAGAGGAAAAUAAAGUAAAAUUUAAAAAAAGAUAUAAGAAAGCAUUAAGAAAACGACAAGUUUUAUCAGAUGAAGAUGAUAAUGAAGAUGAAGAAAUAUCUAUCAGAGAAAAAGUUGAAGAAAUGAAAAUUAUACAGAAACUUCGUGAACGACCAAAAGGUGUUAAUGUCGUUGGAUUAGCUCUUGGAGAAAAUGUAACGCCUGAUGUAAUAAUGUCAGAUCCAUUUAAUGUAAAAACUGGAGGAAUGGUAAAUAUGGCAGCAUUGAAAAAUACAAAAUUAAAACAAAAUGAUGCAUAUGAAACAGGAAUUGGAACACAAUUUAAUGCAGAAACUAAUAAACGAGAUGAAGAUGAAGAAAUGGUAAAAUAUAUUGAAGAAGAAUUAUCAAAAAGAAAAAGUAAAAAUGAGGACAAAACAGAAAAUGGAUUAAAUAAUGAUAAAGGAUCUUAUUGUUCACCAGAAGAAGCAGCUUUGCAAGCAGUACCUGAACAUUUAAGACAAAGUUCUGCACAUAGAAGUGAAGAAAUGCUUUCAAAUCAAAUGUUAUCUGGUAUACCAGAAGUAGAUCUUGGAAUAGAAGCAAAGAUUCGUAAUAUUGAAGCUACAGAAGAAGCUAAGUUAAAAUUGCUUUGGGAUAGACACAGAAAAAAGGAUGGUCCCUCACAAUUUGUACCAACAAAUAUGGCUGUGAAUUUUGUACAACAUAAUAGAUUUAAUAUAGAAGAUACAGAUUUCCAAAAAUCAAAACAAGAUUCUGAUGAUAGAAAAAAGAUAAUAGCUCCCAGAGACGAUUAUAAAGGGAAAAGAAAAGACAAUGGAGAAAAAGCAACUGAUGAUUAUCAUUAUGAAAGAUUUAAGAAGCAAUUUAGACGAUUUUAAUAUUAUCAAUAUAUAAAUAAAUAAGAAUUAUAUAAUUUAUUAUUUCUGUUAUAUAUAUAAUAUAAAAUAAUGUAAAAUAAAUUUUAAUCACUAUUAUAAAAAUUAUAAUUUAAAAUAAAGUAUAAUACUUUGAAAUAUAAAUCUAAAAACUUGAA